AUGAGACUAUUGAUAUUUGUUGCGUUAUGGAAAAUUGCUUACACAAUAAUCCUAACACCUAAUACCACUGAAGUGAUUCCAAUUCACCAAGAUAAAUCUAUUCAGCUGGAGAUUCCUUGCGAUUCACAUAUCCAUAUCUCAUUGUUUGUUAGCGUGGAUAACACAAAUCUAGAUAUCUAUCACUCCACUUAUAAAUCAUCAUGUUCUAGAACCAGUGAAGUUUUGAAGAUCUGGAGAUCUCCAAGAAAUACUGGAUUGAAAUUGACUUCUAUGAAAGAGGAAAGAAACACAACACUGAAUAUUAGUUUAAUUGAAAAUUCGAAUGUUUGCGGAUAUCCGUAUGUGAAGCUAAAUCCAAAUAUAAGGCUGGAUACGAUUCUGCAAAACGAUACGGUUUUCGACUAUGCUCAAGGUAAAAUUUUUACAUUUUUGUUUUGUUAUGGUUAUUUUCAGAUUGUGUUUAUCGUAUCAUCCCCGAUUUUUCUGGCAAGUUCAACAAUGUUCAAAUCUCGAUCAAUGACACAAAAGAAGUUCGAUACAAUGUUCGAUACUAUCGUCAAAAAUAUUCUCCUGAAAAUUAUAGCAUGAUCCAUGUUUUUGGAAAUAAUGAAGAUUUUCUACUCGAAUCAUUUGAUAUAAUACUUCGAGAAUAUGUGGAUAUUCCACAAAUCACGGCGAGACUCAAAAUCAAUCAAUGUCUGAGCGUUGAGAACAUCAAGAUCUUUUCAAAUCAAAGUUUUGUCACUAAGAAUAUACCAAGUGAUAUUUGGGCAUAUUGCCAGAAUUCAAGAAGAACAAUUUAUCGAUUAGAGUUGGUUGAUAAACAAGAGAACGAGUUUUUGAUUUUUGAACAUAAUAUUGAAGUUCAUGAGGAUAGCAAUUUCAAGCUAUAUUAUUUGGAUAAUCGGGAUAUUCCUAUAAUGAGGUAGGAUUAUUCAAAUUUUUGUGAGUUAUUAAAAAAUAGUUUCCAGCAAGAAAAAAUGGAUGUACAUGGCUGCAUUUAACACAACCGGUUUAUAUUUUGAUUUCGAUGAUCAUCAUUCGAUUUACACAAGAUUUAUCAAAAUUCAUCGAGUGAAAAUGGAACAGAAUUGUCCGUAUGUAUUCUAUGAAAAGGAUAUUGAUAGUCGUAUAGAAGAUCAACGAGGUAUUAGAAUUGCCUCAUUUUGUAAAAAUGUGUUUAUACAUUUUAAACUGAUCAACAAUCAUAGCAAAUACAUACAGUACUAUUUCGCAGCAAUAUAUCCUCAUUCAAAAGAUGUACUAGAAAUGGGAAAUGGAAAAAAGUCUACAAAAUUUUUAUUUACAAAAGGAAUAUCAGGAGUCGCAGAAACUUCUGAACUUGAUCUAGCGUAUAUUCGAUUGAAUGACACCGAGGAAUUGAAACAAAACACAUUUCUAAGAUUUGAUUGGAAGUUGGUGCUGAAUUGUGGAUGUGAAAAGCAGCAUUUGUUUAUUGAAAAUAAUUCAUCUUUAAACUUUCUGAGCUUGAAUUAUCCAGAAGUUUAUUGCAAAAAUAUGAACUGUCAAUAUCAUUUUAGCACUAAUGAAAAUUCUAUUCUCGAAGUUUAUAUCAAUGAUAUCCGACUUGACAGCAUUGGAGAUCAUUUAUCAAUUUACGAUGGUAACUACAUUGAUUUCAAUUAUCUUCUAGCAUAUAUAGUUGGAAAUAACUCAAAAUCCUCAAGAUCUUUCAAAGCAUCAAGAAAUCUUACUGUUCUCUUCGAAUCGAAUAACAUUCUGACCAAGUUCGAAAAAGGUUUCAAUAUUACCAUCCAAUCCAAAAUUGAACCAAGAAAGGUUGAACCAAUUGCAGAACAAAUUAUACAAUAUGAAGAACCCCCAAAUUCUCAUAAAUUUUUAGUGUUAUUGAUGAUAGUUUUGAUUGUUGUGAUAUUUGUUGGUGGAAUAAUUUUACUUGUGAAAAUGGGAAUGUUUGAUGAGAUUCCUUUUUUCAAAAAAUAA